CUGGGGCUUCUGAACUACAACUUCCAGCGUUCCCAAGCCGGCCGCACAUACAUUGGGACGCUGGGAGUUGUAGUUUUUAGAACGUCAGGACGCUUGAUUUUUGUUUAGAGGGUCCGGUUUCGUGUCUGUGGGUUCCGUAUGGUUUUAUCUGCCCCCGCCAUGCUGUGGGGUGAUGGCCUGUUGGUUUCAUUCAGUACCAUUUUCCUUGUGGUGCUGUUACUAACGCGAAACCCGUUUGUUUCGUCCAUAUUUACCGGCUGUGUCUAUCUGCUGCUGUUUUUCUGUAGGUUCGAACCGGUGCCACAAUCCCGGGCCCUGCAGGUGCUCAAACCAAAGGGGAGGGCGGCUCCGGUAGCCCACAGAGGCGGGGGACACGACGCUCCUGAGAACACCCUGGCAGCCAUCAGAACCGCUGCACAAAAUGGUGCAACUGGAGUCGAACUAGAUUUGGAGUUCACUGGAGAUGGAGUUCCUAUCCUCAUGCAUGAUGACACAGUGGAGAGGACAACAGAUGGGACUGGGAGACUGCAAGAUCUCACCUUUACUGAUAUCAAGAAACUCAAUGCUGCAGCCAAGCAUCGCUUGUGGAAUAUGUUUGAUGGAGAGAACAUUCCUACUCUGAAGGAGGCAGUUAGAGAAUGUUUGCAUCACAAUCUGACAAUUUACUUUGAUGUCAAAGGCCAUGCUGAUCAGGCAGCUGAAGCCCUCAGACAUCUCUAUGUCGAGUACCCAAGUUUAUAUAACUGCAGCAUUGUAUGUUCCUUUGAACCUUCUGUUAUUAUUAAAAUGAGACAAGCAGACAGAAACGUUGUCACGGCUCUGACGCACAGGCCUUGGAGCCUCAGCCACCUUGGAGAUGGCACCCCACGCUACAACACCAUAUGGAAACAUUACUGGUACAUCUUAAUGGAUGUCUUGUUGGACUGGGGUCACCACAACUUCCUGUGGAAUCUCUGCGGAGUCUCCGCUUUCUUAAUGCAGAAGAAUUAUAUUUCCAAGAACCAGGAAGUUAGAAGAAUGGAGUAGCUUCAAAAAGUAUGUCCAGAGCAAGCCCUAUUCAUUAUGUUGAACAAGAGAAUCGAUUGCAUCUUAGGGCAGUGGAACAUGGAAACAAGGUACCUUUACAUUGCAGCACACGGAAAUCACCUCUCUGAUUGUGUAUUUGUGAGAAACUACAAAAGGAAGCAUUUUUACAUGAUUACGCAAUUGAAGAGAUUGAGACUACAACCUCACUUGAGCUAUGGUCAGAUGUGACUCAAGCUCCUCAAUUUUUCCAGUUGAGGCUUGUCCUGUCACUUGUGGAACACUGCGUUUCCCUAUGCUGUACCAGAACACAAAAAUACGUUGCUGCAUAAAGCCUGAUAUACUAAACACAUAGGCAGGCAAGGAAAGGAAUGUUAUUGCCAUUAGCCCUUAUCACUUGAAAAAUCUGUGUAAUGUCAUACAGACAGCAACUUAUUGAAAACUAGCUACUAGCUGAGAACAUGGAAAUAUCUGUUAUCCAACAUUAGUCCUUCUCUAAGCCUUUCAUUUCUAUUAAAGGGGACUGUAAUACCCUGUUUGUUAUGAAUACAUGUAAAGCACUGCAAAACUUGCUGGCACAAUAUAAAUAAUUGAUGAUGAUAGUGAUGAAAACUAUAAUCACCCAAACUGUAUUGCAUGCUUUAUAAUCUUUUGCACACAUAGCUUAACUACAUUUUUCUUUUUUGGAUGUAAAUGGUUUAUGAAUGUGCUUCCUUAACCAAGCUUUAUAUUCCUCGUGCAAACAACCCAGUCUGCUCUUUGUCAUUAGUGCAUGUAACUUGCUGGCUCAUGCUUGUAUCAUCUGUUAGUGACUCAAGGCAUGUGUGCAAUUUGUACUUUUGGGAUGUGUACUUAAAUGGUGCUUAUACAGGUAUAACCUGGGCUGUUGCCCAUUUUAUUUAUUUUGACUGCAUUGUGAGAUGGUCAAGUGAAGUGAUACAGCUACUGCAUGGUCAGUGCCUACUAGCAGCUCAGACCCAGAUAUAAUGUCAGUAGGUAGUGCUUGCUAGCAGCUCAGCCCCAGAUAUAAUGUCCAUAGAUAGUGCCUACUAGCAGCUCAGCCCCAGAUAUAAUGUCCAUAGAUAGUGCCUACUAGCAGCUCAGCCCCAGAUAUAAUGUCCAUAGAUAGUGCCUACUAGCAGCUCAGCCCCAGAUAUAAUGUCAGUAGUUAGUGCUUACUAGCAGCUCAGCCCAGAUAUAAUGUCAGUAGUUAGUGCUUACUAGCAGCUCAGCCCAGAUAUAAUGUCAGUAGGUAGUGCUUACUAGCAGCUCAGCCCCAGAUAUAAUUUCAGUAGGUAGUGCUUACUAGCACCUCAGCCCUAGAUAUAAUGUCCGUAGGUAGUGCCUACUAGCAGCUCAGCCCCAAAUAUAAUGUCCGUAGGUAGUGCCUACUAGUAGCUCAGCCCCAGAUAUAAUGUCCGUAGGUGGUGCCUACUAGCAGCUCAGCCCCAGAUAUAAUGUCCGUAGGUAGUGCCUACUAGCAGCUCAGCCCCAGAUAUAAUGUCCGUAGGUGGUGCCUACUAGCAGCUCAGCCCCAGAUAUAAUGUGCGUAGGUAGUGCCUACUAGCAGCUCAGCCCCAGAUAUAAUGUCUGUAGGUAGGGCCUACUAGCAGCUCAGCCCCAGAUAUAAUGUCCGUAGGUAGUGCCUACUAGCAGCUCAGCCCCAGAUAUAAUGUGCGUAGGUAGUGCCUACUAGCAGCUCAGCCCCAGAUAUAAUGUCCGUAGGUAGUGCCUACUAGCAGCUCAGCCCCAGAUAUAAUGUCCGUAGGUAGUGCCUACUAGCAGCUCAGCCCCAGAUAUAAUGUCCGUAGGUAGUGCCUACUAGCAGCUCAGCCCCAGAUAUAAUGUCCGUAGGUAGUGCCUACUAGCAGCUCAGCACCAGUCCUAUUGUAAACCCUUUCUGCAGUAUACAAGGGUAAAUGUUGGAGGUAAAAUCCUGCAUCAGGUCAGGUACCCACAGAAUACCCACAAAGUGGUUUUGGGCAGAAAGAUGCCAGUUCUCUAACCAUGUGAGCGGUCCACAGAUACCCUGCCUGGGUUGGGCAUGGGUCUGCCCAACUGGAUUCACUCAGGACUCUAGCUGGAGGUUUAUUGGUGCUUCUUAUAAUCACAGUUAUCACACAUUACAUCAGAUCACAAAUCUGGAACAUGAUCCAUGUACUGAAAAAUAUGUUUUACCCUUGAUUUAAGAUGGAAAAAAAAAUGUGAAAUUUUAAAGCCUACCACUGCAAAUGUUAUUUAGUCUGUGUUCGGUUGUUCAUCGAAACUUGAAUAUAUUUGCAUCUGUCAUUCUGAUGAUAUGAAUACAAUAUUAAAAUACCAAUAAAGAUGUUUUUACUUAA